UAUGUUUCAAGGCUGUUUGAAACGUAUCGAUUUCGUGUUAGCUUUUACUGACGAUGGAGACGCGCUUUGGGCUGACGAAUACAAGCUCGGUCUCAUGACGACUAUGGUGAAGAUUGGUUUGGACUUAGAGAUCGAGAGGGCAACGUUGCCUGAACACAACAAUGUCCUGUUUUGCAAAAUUCACGCACCAGAUACGAUUCUCGACGACUAUAAAGAUUAUUUUGAAGUGACAAAGCGCUUUCAAGAUAACCAUGUACAUUUCAUUGGAAGACCAAUUGGCAAACCUGCCCCUCGCCAGCCUUCGCACGAGAGAGAAUGGGUCAAGUUGAUGCGCCGCCGCUAUUUCAAACCACAUCGGUUUUCAAACCGAGACCGAAGCCUUAUCACUUUUAUGCUUGUGAACCACCAGCCCUACGGCGUAAAUGACAGAUACUACGGCCUUUGGAGUUUAUUGCGGAAUAACGUAAUAUUGGACGCUUACGCGCUUCACGACGGUCCGUAUUUCAUUACCGAGGAUCAACCAACAUGUAAUGUGAACGGCAGACAAAUACUAUACUACAACUGGGCAGGAUAUAGAAAUCUACUAACGUUUCAACCCCUUUCCGUUAUCUACGAGUACUAUGGCCCUAAGUUGGCUAUGUAUUUUGCCUAUUAUCAGUUUUACAUGACAAUGUUGAUUGUGUGUAUGCCUAUUACACCAUUUUUCUUACUUCCUCUUGUGUGGCGUACCAUUAAUUCUUUAGUAACGAGAGAAGUGUCAAACAUGUAUUGUAAAGCGGAUUCAUUGGAGUUCAAACGCUUGUGCCCUACGUGUAUGGACUUUAACGCGUGCCCAAUCAGAAACUUAUCGGAAUACUGUGAAGUCCAUAAAUUUGUUCGCUUAACGCAAAAAAUCAUGACUAUGUCACCCAUAUUUACUAUGUGGUGUAUAGCGUUCUACUUUUUCUGGAAACGGAAACAUAACUACCUACGUUGGUUAUGGGAACUUAAUAUAAAACCUAAACACCCUAUUGUAAGGGUAGAGUAUACUGUGAACUAUCCUACGGCUAAAAGAACUAAAGUAACUGGAGCGUGGCGCUUGAUCCCCUUAGAGUCAGUGAUUCGAUAUAACUUACUGUGUCCAUUCCUGGCUGCUUUCGUCGUAAGUAGAUACAAUGACACUAGUAUAGUAUUCAGCUAGUUUCAAACCAUCUUGGUUGUGU